GAGGCUGCGCUCACGCCCCACGCGGAACCCGAAGCUCAGACCAGUCCAGACGUCUCGACCCGCGUUGGACCCGAGGCCGGACCGGCCGCUUCGCAGCCGACGCCAGCCCCGGGCCUGGGAGGAACAAGCGCCCCGGGACCACCUGCCGCGGGUACCAUGGGUGCUGCCCACUCCGCGUCCGAGGAGGUCCGGGAGCUCGUGGGCAAGACCGGCUUCUCAUCAGACCAGAUCGAGCAGCUCCACCGGAGGUUUAAGCAGCUGAGUGGAGACCAACCCACCAUUCGCAAGGAGAACUUCAACAAUGUCCCUGACCUGGAGCUCAACCCGAUCCGAUCCAAAAUCGUCCGUGCCUUCUUUGACAACAGAUUUGGAUGUAGCUCCCGUUCUUAUAUCCUGCAACCCUGGCCUUGGGUGUCCUGCCGUGGAAAUGGAGUGGAGAGCAGAAACCUGCGCAAGGGCACCAGCGGCCUGGCGGAUGAGAUCAACUUCGAGGACUUCCUGACCAUCAUGUCCUACUUCCGGCCCAUUGACAUCACCAUGGACGAGGAGCAGGUGCAGCUGUGCCGGAAAGAGAAGCUGAGAUUUCUGUUCCACAUGUACGACUCGGACAGCGAUGGCCGCAUCACCCUGGAAGAGUACCGAAAUGUGGUGGAGGAGCUGCUCUCAGGAAACCCCCACAUCGAGAAGGAGUCUGCGCGCUCCAUCGCCGAUGGGGCCAUGAUGGAGGCGGCCAGCGUCUGUGUGGGGCAGAUGGAGCCUGAUCAGGUGUACGAGGGGAUCACCUUCGAUGACUUCCUGAAGAUUUGGCAGGGGAUCGACAUCGAGACCAAGAUGCACGUCCGCUUCCUUAACAUGGAAACCAUGGCCCUGUGCCAUUGAGCCCCCGGCCCCCUGGAGAACCCACAAGUGGACCUGGGCAGCGAGACCUGGGGGCCCUUUUGCUACAGCUCUUGUAAAUAGUCUACACUCCUCGCCCAUCUCUUUUCCUGCAGGGUAUGGUAUGUGGGACCUUGCUGUUUUUAUUUCUAAUAAAAAACAAAAAGGGUUUGUUAAUGAACGUGGCUCCAGUCUGUUCCUCAGGUUCAUGCACGUGGCCUGGCCAUUCGGUGGCCCGAGGCUGACCACGAGGAGCAAGCAGCAGCGAGCUCAUUUUCAAAGGCUGUUUUGCAAGAGAGGAUUGCCCCCCGCCCCUUUGUGGUUUAUUUUGGUAAAUAUGUGCUGUUUUCCCUGCAUGAGUGCUAGGAGUUCAUCUGCCUUCUCAACCCAAGGCAGGAAAGGAAGGAAAGCAGCUCUUUGCUCCAUGGGGGCCAGGACAUGGGUGGGGGGCAUUCCUUGGUGUUGUGAGCAGACAUGCAGACCCAAGGAGAAGAAGUGUGGAGCCCUGAUCCUGGGCUGGCUGAGGGGACUGCCCAAGCUCGCCUGUGGUGCCAGGGGCACUGGCGGUCAGGGCCCAGUGCAGUGGCAGCGGGGAGCUGACUGUCCCAGGUAAGCAUCUCCCACAUCUCCAGUUGUUACCUCCCAGUUGGGGACAAGCUGUGGGGAAGAAGGAGUUUGGAGACAAAAGUCAUCCGUUUCGGUUGGUGGCCGUGGCCUGUGAGUCAGCAGAGGGCUGGCGUUCAGUGGUGUCCAGGCGACCUGCCGACUUGCAGGUGCAGUGCUGCCAUCGUUGAGGUCACUGUCGCUAUUUACAGUCCAGGCCUCCUCCUGGAGUUCCUUUUAUCGACACCUACUGGGCGAUACCUCCCCCACCUUCCAGGGAAGUUCCCCUCAUAACUGGCUACUGCUGUUAACUUGCGUUCUUGAGUUUUUCCUUUGCAGUUUUGACGUUACACGUGUUUAUCCACUCACACCCACAUGUUGGGGUUUGGAAUGUAGAAGGCACGCCCGGAGCCUCAGCCUGCCCAGCGCCCAGCCUUCCCUUCCCUGAGACCCUCACAUCAGUGCUUCUGCUCAUAGCCCUGGGGGCUGUGUGGUGCACACACAAGGAUACAUUGCCGAGGAUGAACUUAAUGCUUGUAUUUAAAAGCCGAAGCAGAGCAGCAAGCUGAGUUACGGGAAGUGUGAGCAUGUGGCACAGAGGACGGUGUGGGGCAGCAGUGGAGCUGGGAAGCCCUCAGCAUUGAGACGGCGGGAACUGACGCUGGCAUCUUGUCCCUGGUGAGUACGUGGCAAGACUGAGCCUGGCCUCCGAGCCCAGCUGAGCCUGAGGAACACUGGCCUCUGCUGACUCCAGUGCACAGACGGCGGUCACAGGCAGCGCAGCUUCCUCUCUGGUGAGUAUAGAGCUGUCUGCAGUCACUUUGGAGCCCUGCUGUUUAUUCAACCAGUGCUUAAUUCCACAAAUGUCCUGACAUUUUCAAAGCAGUAGGUUGGGGUGAAGGCCUCUGCCUCUUUGGCUCCAGGUGCCUGUGAUCGGGUGGGAAGUGGGAUGUGGGCUACUUCCUCCCUCCCCGCUCCCCUCUCCCUCUCUGCUCCCCGCUCCCUGCUCCUGGGGUCAGAUGCUCAAGCCCCUGGGCUCCUGGCUGCCAGUGGAGAGAAUCUGGAAAGGCCUGGCAUCAGGAGACCUGGUCCCCUUUAGGUGUUAGUUAGCUCUUGUCCAGGAUGGGUCUCCAGUGGGAUGCCCACAGCCUGGCAGAAGUGUGUUGGCCCUGCCCUGCAUGACUGCCAGGGAUGCAAGGAGUCAUUGAGCAGCAGGACUGCUGGCAUGAGCACGGUAGGCCUGGAUUUUCUGGGACUCUCCCAAUUUGCUUCCAUUUUGUUCUUCUCCACAAAGGCGGUUCUUUCAUCAACGCAAAGUGUUUUUAUAAAUAAUAGAUCUUCCAUCAGCCCCCCACUAAGCCUUCGUUUGGGAGUGGUGGCCACAGUGGGCACACCACAAGCAUUUGUACUUGUUCUGAACACUGAGGGCCAGCCAACUGUCUUUGAAGUUUCAGGCCCUGGCUUACCUAAACCUCUAAUUAAAAUGAGAUUUAUUCACCCCAAGCCCAGUCCAUGCUGCUCAGAGGAAACUUGGUUUGUUCACAGUCACUGAGGGUGUCAUCUCAUUGGCAGGGUCAGGGCUCAUUUCCACCAGAGCAGGGGCCACAGAGUCCACCUGAGGCUCUCCCACCAGUUCCCAGGGCACCGUGUACGUGAUGGUGUUUCACUCACUUGGUCAUAUGGGGAGCACUCAGCGUCAGCUGUCAGGUGGGGCGGCCCUGCUCCUAGGAAGGCGGCUGUUCCCCACACUCUCCUGGCCUUUGAUUAGAAAGAAUGAGGGUCAGUGCUCUGGGCACGAGUCUCAGGUCGGCCAUCUGGGCAGUGCAGUCUGCAGAAGGCAGAGGCAGGGGGCUCACAAACAGCUCCUGUUACAGGCUGGACUGGUGGGCAUGCCCAGCAGAGGCUUUCCGGCUGCUGAGACCCCGAGCAAGUGUAGCAACUCCUCCCGCCACCACCCAGAUGGGGAAGCUCACCUGAAGCAGCUCCAAGCAGGUGAUGUGUUUGUUCUAAAACAGGCAAAUUGACAAGUCAACAAAUGCACUUGUUCUACAGCUUCCCUUAGGAUUUAUACCCCUAACUAAAGGAAAGAGGUAGAAAUCAAUGCGAAGUCAAAUAUUUGAAGUCCGUGCUUCGAGGCCGGAGUGGGUGGAGGAGACAGAGCUGUGGGUGGAGGAGACAGAGCAGGGACAGUGUCCACAGCCUGUGGAUGGAGGGUGAGGUCACUUCUCUCUCCACGUUCUCUGCCUGUUUCCCAGGAAGCAGGUGGAAAGUGGGAUCUGGUCCUAUGUUGCCAUAUUACCAAGGGGAGAAGUUACUAGAACUCAGCUUUGGCUAUUAAAAGAAUACGGCAAUUUGACACAAACACAGCGAUUUGGUAGGUUUACAAAAAGGGCUGUGUAAUGGAAAUCUAAUAUGAGAUGCUCAGGGGAAGCCUUCUGCAGCCACGUUGAACAUGAAUUAUGGAUGAGGGAGCGGAGUAAGAUGACAACAGCUUCCAAUUUUGGCCAAGCACCCUCUCAGGGAACAAAUUACUGCUAGACUUUAACAAAACCAUUCCAUUAUUUUCUGAUCCAAGGGACUGGAAAGUCCUUUUUGUGCUCUGCUAAGGGGAGGCGGUUCCUGUAUGGCUCUGAUCCUUGCUGAUGAGCAGGUGAACCUGUCCCAUUAGCCCGCAGUUAGCCAGGCUGAAGCUAGACUCUGCAGCACUGCAGACAGAGCAGUGACUUCCACAGGCUGAUGGAGAGUUAAAAAUACAAGUUGCCUUGGCAAGCGUUCUGCAAACACCUGCCUUGCAAGCUGUCCGCCCCCGCAGUGACCUUGGAAAGGCCUUGGAGAGUUGAGUGGGAAGAGCCGGCAUUUUCUGUGAGACUUCCCAGGGUGUUACUGUCACCCCUGUCUCUGGGCUCUUCCAGACCCAGUGAGCAUGUACCAGCAGGGGCUCAGUGGUGGGGGAGCUUGGUCCCAGGAGGACCGAGGACGCUGACAGGCACCUGCUGGCUGCCUCAUCCCUCUGAUCUGCUAGUUGACCAGGUCAGCAAGGGACUAGGUUCUGGUUUUUACCCCAAGAGUAGUUCACAGAUCAGCAGUACAGCCAGAGGAUGUGCCGAGCAGCAGUUUUCUGCAGCCUCCCUUAGAGAAAUGACAGGCAAAGGGAGAGAAGAUGCGACCUGACAGGCUCGACUCUCGGGGACUCUUUCCUCCCACCCUAGGAGAAGGAGAGGACCCUGGCACAGAGCCAUGGAGAGCCUCUGGUUGGAAGCCCCAUUCACCAUCAGAGGCGGAGAGCAGGCUGGCACCCACAUGGCAUCUGCCGGAGCCCAGCAAGGGGGCUCUGCCAUCACACCGCCCAGGCAGCCACCGUCCAGAUCACCGCAGGCCCCGUGGCAACAGCCAGGUAGCCAUCUGGCCUGGCCUCGCUGGUGAGGUGGGCAGGUCUGUGUGGGCCCAGCUGCCACAGCUGCUGCCCAAAGCGAAGGUCCGAGUCAGGAAGGCGAGCCCGUCCCUAUCUCAGCAGUUGUCACAGACCUGCCGUCAGGACAGGCCUUAAGGAGGGCAGCUUUAAACUGCAGGCUGUGCCCCCCCAAGGAAGCCAUCCCUGAUGAGCAAAGUUGGUUUGCAGUGGCGGGUGUUUGUCAUUUAAAUGCAGAGUGGGACCUCUGGUUCAGGGUUGGAGGGUGGUGCUCAGAGGGCUUCAUCCUGGCUGUUGUCAGCUUUCCUUUGCAGAGAGGACCAGCAGUGCAGUCUUAGGGACAUUCUCUUUUCCCUCGCCUCAGCUGAAUCCUUUCAACCAUGGCUUAGUAGGGAAGGUGAUGCCAGCCCUAGUGAAUUGUGGCCUGGGCAGUGGCAGCACCAGCACCAAGGUGUCACAGGGCUGGGAUUGCAAAGCACAAUCUAGUGGCCACAGGUGCAGUUCUCAGGGGGUCUGUGGUCCCCUUCGAGAAUCUGACAGAAGAGCCAGACUUGCUCCCAGAAAAUGCUCGCCUGCACAAUUUCAUAGAUAGUCAAGUGGGUUUUUUUGACCCUGGGCUAGGAAUCCCUCUGAUAGUGGUUCCGGGACAGACUGUCAACACGUGAGGUGAGAUUUCUAGGGUGGGGGAGAGUGGGUAAAGUGGUGUGCCAGGGGACUGUCACCACACACCUUGCCAGGAUAAGUAACUUCAGCAGUAAAUACGUUUUACAAAUUUAAUAGAAUAUCAUGGACCUAUUAUGAAGAAGAAAGCAAGUCAAACAGCAUUUUAAGAUAAAGAUUUCUGGUUUGGCCCUCAGGCUCCCCAAGCAGCACAUCUGAGUCUGUCUUGUCUUUAGGGGAGCCAUGGAGCUGAGGGCUAGAAAGCAGAAGAGCUAUGUAAGAGGGAAGUCAGCCGAGAACUCAGAGCUUGUGAAGAAGCUCCCACAAGAUGGCCAGUGGGGACAAAGGUAAGACGGGAUGAGCAGAAGAGGGUGGAUGUGGGCCAAGGUUUUUUUUCAAGCUACUGGUAAAUGUUGGUUCAUAAAGGAACUUAGGUCCUUUCUUCAUUGGGGCGAUUUCUUCCAGGAUGUAAGGUUUACAGAAGAAAACACUUGACUGGGCUUGGUGUGCUUAGACAUCAUAGUUUGGGUCCAAUAUACUCUCCUUCACAAAACCCAGGUGGUUUUCAUGAAUGAGAGAUGGUAUACACAGGCUGGGAGGAAAAACCCCAUGCAUGGAACACUUUACACUGGACCAGCCGGUGAGAGUGAAUAAAAGUAAUUUAAAACUAUUUUUACUUUCAGUAAAAUGUUCUGGGUUUGCUAUCUUUUGAACUCUUCUAUUAUCCUUAACUCCUGCAAAGCCAAGAGGGAGAAUGGACCCACAGAAUGAACCGUGAAGGGAAGGGGCCACUUCUUCAAGGAAAAAAAUAUACGUUACCCACUGGUCCAGUUGCAUUAGGACUAUGAGAGGUGAAAACCUUAUAAAGUGAGGUCCCCAGGGGGUCAGAGCGCCACAUGGCAGUGAGAGUAAACAAAAUACAUACCUCAUUUGCUCACUGUAGACUGGCUUCAUAUAUGAAGUAAUUGGUUUUCUUUUGAAAAGAAGCCGAGACCUCUCCUGUAGAAGCUGUCUUCCCAGGAAGGGAGCCUGAAGGAGAGCAGUGCUCUCUGGACCAAGAGGGGAUGGUUCCCAGUUGCAGUUCUCCAUCUGCCUCCGUUGUCCUGUCUAGCUGGAUGUGGAUUUUUCAUGACUAUAUCUUAAUCUGGAAAGUCUUCCGAAACCCUCACAACUCAAAAGUUCUAGGACUGAGUAACGGUGCAUUUCCCGACCGCCUACGCUUGUGAGUGGUAGGAAGGCUUCACUUUCUCUUGCAUGAGUGUGGGCAGAUCAUCCCCACACUGAAAAUACUUAUUCUUUGCCCACACUUCUCCCCUGUUUAGCCCCCGUACCUUCUUUUUUUUUUUUCUUUUAUUAAGAGUAGUGUAUUUUGUCUUUUCAAAAAACUGCUUUCAGCUUUAUGAUCAACUUUACCAUUUGUGGGUUUCCUAGUUAAUGUGUUCUGGUCCUUCUUUAACUCCUUCCUUCCACUUUCUUUGGCACCACUGUUACCUUUUUUAAGCUUUGAGGUGACAGCUCACUGAUUUUCUGUCUCAUUUUCUAUAAAGUCAUGGUGGCCUCAUGUCCCCCUCCUUUUUUCGUCUCUUUAGGGCUGUACCUGUGGCAUAUGGGAGUUCUCAGGCUAGGGGUCGAAUCAGAGCUGCAGCUGCCAGCCUACACCACAGCCACAACAAAGCCAGAGUCUUAAUCCACUGAGCGAGGCCAGGGAUCGAACCCAUGUCAUCAUGGUUACCAAUUGGGUUUGUUAGCGCUGAGCCACGAUGGGAACUGCCCCCCCCCCACCCCGGUCUUGAUGUUCCAUGCUUCCAUGGUCACCCUGGUCUAGAGAGUCCCUAUUUUCCAUUUUAGUUCCCUCUUCAAAACAAAGUUAAUUCAGGAACACCUGGAAUUUCCAGGGGUAUGUUUUUGUUUAGUUUUUUGUUGAUUUCUAAUUGUAUUGCAUUAGGAUUUGGGCCUGUCUAGUACUGUUCUUUUUCUGAGAGUUUCCUUGUGCCUUCAUACAUGGUCAUGUCUGUGCCUGGUCUAUGGGCAUUUGAAAAGGUACAGAAUUCUAUGUCCAUUGUGUCAAGCUUGUAAAUUAUAGUAUCUAAGUCCUCUGAACUCUUAAAUACUUUUUUACUGAUCUGAUCACCCAUCCUGAGCAUGAAGUUCAUUUCCCUUUGUAGUUCUAUCAGUUUUUUGCUUUGAUAUUUUGAAGGUAUAUUAGGUGGCUGCUGCUUAGAACCAUUUAAAAUCAAGAGUAAUGCAAUGGUUUGCCCUCCUAAUCCUUUGGAAGUGGAAACUAUUCAUCAAACUGAACCAGCAGGUCUCGUGUUGCCCUGUUUCAUCUCGGUGGUUUAACAUAAUGCGUCCUCCGCUAUCUCUUCCUCUUUUUCUCCUAGAAUCAAUCACCUUCUUCCCCACAAGGAGUACGGUUGUUUAUUCAACAGAUAUAUGGAAAAUGUCGACUUUGUAUCACAUGUUAUAGACAAUAGUAAGCAAAACAGUUAUUAAUGAAAUAAUUGUAUAAAUAUAUAAUUAUAAACUGUGGUAAAAGCUCUGAGGAAAAAGUUAUACUGGCUGGUGGGGGUUAGGGUGCUGUCAGAGAAGAUGGCCGGAGUGAAUUCUUAGAUCCAAGGGCUGGGUGGGUGUUGGGGCCUUGUAGUCUCAGAGACCAGCAUGUCCAAAGGUCGCCAAAGGAGAAAGGGUCUGGAGACCAGAAAGAGGGCCGGCGGGGCUGGAGUAGGGUGCAGAAGGGUCUUAUCUGAGAGCUGGAGCAAGGGCCCGUGUGUACAGAACCAUGUGGGGAGACCCCAGCUUGGGCCAGGGGGCCCCCUGGGAUAGGCAGGGAGCAGAUGGAGGGCUGCGGUGGAGGAGGGGGUGGGAAGGAGGUAUAUAUACAUUUGAGUCAUCAGGGUGCUGUACCCACAAGAGAGAACAGAGUAAGACGGAGUGAGUCCUGACAAAUGCAGCUGGAGCCAAGCUGGCAGAGGAGAAAAGCAAAGGCAGGAGAGGAAUGUGUGGGGUCACACGUGCCACCCUGGGGUUGCGUUCUACCCCCCCACUUAAACCUACUGCUGGGCUCCUCUGCAGUUCUAAAAUGCACAGAAUCAGCUCUUGCCAUGUUUCUUCCUACUCCCAAAUGAGGCGAUUCCUUAAAUACCAUCUUAGGGGAAAGCAAGUGCAAGGUCAUAGUUGUAACCCGGCAUGGUGUCACAGCAUGAGCGGCAGAGGGGAACGGUGCUCUCAAAGGCCAACUUGUCCACUGCAAACUCAUAGGCCUGGAUCAGCCCCUGGUGUCUAGAGAAAGCACAGAGAUGGCAGUGGGGUCAGUCUUGUUCCCACAGACUCUGCCCUCCAUGACUUCUGUCUCAGCAGCAGGGAUUUGCUUGAGUCAGGAUAGCAAUUCACUGUGACAGCCACCUGCUUUGAGCCCACGGUGUGUUAGACACUGCACAUCCUGGGACUAGAGGUAAGCAGGUGAGCAGACAAAUCUUGGUGGUGUGAACUGAGUGCUGGGAGGUGAGGCACCUGGCUGAGCAGGGAGGCAGAAGCACCGGCCUCAGGGAAGGCCUCACAAAGAGGCAGCUUGGAAGCCAGACCAACAGCAAUAAGAGGGGCCCCGAGCCUCCUGCGUGGGCCUCUCUCUUGUCUGGCAGCCAUCACCCAGAAGGCUGAGCACAGGGACUCAGCUCAGAGGCUAGGGCUUUGCCGCUGUCACUCAGAUUCUAACUCAACAGGUCCCUAUGCCUUUUGUCUUGGGCUCUUGGCAUGGAGGGCCUGCAUCCCCACGGCCCUACCCCCCGAGAGCAUCCUGCUGAGGUGCUCAGCACAUGUUACUGGCUGACAGCGCUCUGCUGCAUCUACAUCUAUGAAAAGAACGGCUGCGCCCCGAGUGAUAAGAUCAAGCUGAGAGGGUCUCUUUUGAACACCCACGAAUCCAGAUCCACCCAGCCAAGGACUGACCUCCUGUGCGUAGUGAAGUGGUCCAGGUCAGGGUCGCGCGCCACACUCUCGUAGGGCACGUGGGCCGUGAUCAGGCUGUGGCUGUUGAAGGAGAUAUGCCGCACAGGGUGUCUGGAGCACAUGAGGAGAAUGCUCGUCAACGGAUGUCCUGCUGAACUCACAUAUCCCACCUUCACGACCUUCGCUUACAGCCGCCUCAGAAGUUCCGAGCUUCCGGGGACUCUGGAACCAUGUAAGCCAGGCUCUCCCUUUAUAGAGGAGGAAACCGGGCCCCCAAGGGGCAGCUCCCAAAGCUCCUUGUGCUUUCUGGCCGAGGCCCUAACAACCUGGUGCAUUUUAGAUGUAAAGGACAAACUCUAGUUGAGACAAUUCAGACACGUGCAGUGGAAAACAGCCCUGUUUCUGCCCCCACUGGGCUGGCUGGCCUUGGACGAGCCCCUCAAACAUACUAAGCCAGGCUCCCCACCUGCAGGUCAUGUUGAGUGUUUAGGCCUGCCAGUCCUAACGUCUGAGGGCUACAAACAGCACGUGAACUUUGGGUCAUGAAGGUGCCUUCAGAAAGUUUUGGAACAAAAUGGCUUGAAAUUUAUGAAGCAAAGAUUUUUGUUCAUUCUAAAAGAUUUUAUCCAGUGGAGCACAAAGGAUAGAGAAGACGUCUAAAGCAAGCAGAUGCCUGCCAUCAGAUUUCCAACAGAUAAGAAGGUGAGACCCAUUCCCACAAAAAUUAGCCAGUGUUUCUAGAGCAGAAGGAAUGUUAUAAAGCCAUAAGAUGAGACAGAACUCAACAUUUGAAAGGAGGAAUAGGAGACAACAGCACAGACUGCAAAGGCCCGCCCAGGCCUGAUCCAGAGAAGGCGGAAGCAGGGACAGGUAGUGUGGCCAGAGCAUUCUCUCAAGAGUAAUAAUGCAAGGCAAGGGGAAACUUGAGUCCAGGGUUUGCAGCAACAACUGGAGUAAGUGUUGCUAGAGGACUUGGCCAAGGAAGGCAGAGGUCGGGGCUCAGUCACAGGCCUGCAGCUGGCUGACUGAUGGUACCAGUGACAGAAAAGGGAGAGCUGGCUAAGGAGGGGCAAGAGGACCUGGGGAAUGAGGCUGAAGUGGGUGGGGGGCAGGAAACUGAGCAAACAGUGGGACCAGAGCUCAAGAGAGAAGUCAGGUCAGCAGCAGGCACUGGCCUCAAGGACUUGAGUACCAGCAUUCUGGGCAGGAAACUGAAGUCAGGCAUCAGCUUUACUUUGGUAAAAGUAAUGAUCUUCUCUGGGACAAGCCACUGACUAGUGGUGAGAACUGGAGGCGCAUUCACAAAUGAGUCAGGAAGGCUGGACAGGACAACCAUUCUAUGCACCACCUUACUUUCCCUGACUUCACCUGAAUGGCCCAUUCAAGAGAGUGCAGCUUUUCAGGGAGAGAAAAAUGAGAGCCGCUGGAGUGCAGACCUAAUGACCUAAACAGAGCUGCUGGUGGCAGUCCCUGGGGGCCUGGACUGCAAUGGGAGCUCUUAACAACAAAUGAAAGGGUUUCCUUAUAGGUAGAUCUGGAAUUUCAAGGUGUGGGAGUGUUAGUUGCCCUUUGGCGCCACCUGGUGGCGAUGCAAUGCAUCACCAUGGCAAUCAGGACUGGACAGAGCCUGGCAGCUUUCUCAGUAUCCAUGUACCUACAUCCCUGAAGCCAUCUGCCUGUGCUUGGGAGAGUCUCUAUCUCUUGAAUUUUCCAGGUGAAAAUUAGAAGCUAAAGGUUAAAAUUACAAACUCCUCCUUAACUGAAGCUGAAUACUUUCAGUCUGGAAGCACCCUUCUCAAUAACAGUAAGGAAGGUUGAGACUCUCUGGAGUGGAGGAUGGGGGCCUGGGUCAGCCCCACCUGGGGACAGGCAGGCCCCUGCAGCAUGCCCACACACUGUCUGUCCUGUCCAUCAUGGUCUCUACCCAGGCGGGAAAGAGUUGUGGCAGUCUGAACAAUGCAACAAUGAGCAGCUCCAUUUCUGAGCCCGUUUCCUAAUGUGAAAAAUGGAGGUUAGGGGCAUCUGGCUCAUAGGGUCACAGUGAGAAGGACAAAGACACAUGUGGACAGCACCCUGCACCGUGCCUGCCUUAGGCUAAGAGCAUCAAUACUGCUCCCAGGGUUACUCAAAUUGAGCACCUGAGAACAACCUUACCUGGAAUGCACCUCCCACAGCUUCUGGUUCAUUCGAUAAUCCCACACAGAGACCAGGCCAUCCUCACCCCCGCUGACGACUUUCCAGUCAUCCAUCUGGACUGCAGAGACUCCGAGCUGGUGGGCAGGGAUGGACAGCGCGAUCGUGUCAGUGCGGAGGUCGUGGAUCCUCACUCUGCAGAGCCCGAGAUGAGCAUUAAAGCCUGACCUGACAAGGUCUUCCUCAGCUGUGCUAGUGUGGGCACAGCAAUCUAUGAACACGAAGAGGACAAAUAUGCCAGCUGCCCCGCCGCUCACUUAAUGUGCUCCGCAGGGGAGACACCUGCUUGGUGCACAAGGCCAUCGAGAGGGAGGCCGAUAUCUGACUGGCAUGGUGUCUCUAUGGGGGCAUUGCCCAAGAAGCCUGUCCACGGAAAAGGACUCAAAGUGGGCUACCCACGGAUACUCUCUGAAAGAAAUGGAUGCCAGAAGGACCAUAAGGAGCCAAUACACAAACCAUGGAAUGAUGUAUGAAACAAACAUAUAGGGAGCUUGGAAAGACCUAACAUGUCAGCUGGGCAGAUAGAUGCACACAGGACACGCCCACCUCUUAACAGGAAAUAGGUCACAAGGCAAAACUCAAUAUAUGCUACACACAAAAGGCACAUGUGACAAGGAGGAGAGGUGACAAUCUUAAUACCUGAAAAGGUGAUUUCAGACCAAAAAGCAUUAGAUGAAGAGCACUUCAAAAUGAUGAGAAAGGUACAGUUUACUGAAUGUUUGAUACAACUUGCCAGGAAAACACAAACAGAACCCCCUACAUGACACCUAAAGUUAAUAUAAAAUUGUAUAUCAAACGUAUUUCAAUCAACCCCCCUCCCUUCAUGGCUAGCGGUUAACAAACCAGACUAGCAUCCAGGGGACAGGGCUCAGACCUGGCUACAGCUCUGAUUCCACCCCUAGCCUGGGAACUUCCAUAAGCUUCCAUAAGCAGCCCUAAAAAAGCAAAAAUAAACAAAUAAGUAAAUACAUAAAUAACCCCACCUGGACCUAAUUUUUUUUGUAGGUAGGUUUUUUUGGGGUUUUGUUUGUUUGUUUUUCCUAUCUUCCCUUUUGGUAAUUUACUUUCUUCUACCAUUAUAAUCUAUUCAGGGUUUCUAUUUCUUAAUUUUUUAAAUCUCCAAAUUUGAAGACCUAGAUGAAUAAAAAAAGCCUCUCCAGGAAAAUAAGAAUUAGCAAAACUGAUCGCCAGGAGAUAGAAAAUCCAAACAGAUAAAGGAACAAAGAGCAAGCUGGGAAAGCUGUCAACCAUCCCUGCAAAACAAGAACAAGCAAAGUGGGCUAAAUCCACUGUUCCACAGCACAGCAAAGGGAGGAAAGCUUAGAACUGUUUAUGUGGAGCCAGCAUUCUGAUAUUACCCAAAACCUGACACUGAGAGAGGACAGAAGACAAGUGUAGACCUGCAUCAGUGCUGAGACCUGAGUAAGAUAAGAAGUAACAGAAGCUACAGCAACAUGCUGCCAGCAAGUGGGCUCCAUGCAGGAUAUCUAUUAAUGUAGUGCCCUGUGACAAAGGAGAAAUCUGAUGAAAUAGAACAUUUCCUAAUGAAAAGUCUAUAAAAAAAGCAAUCUACUUUUGCUAAUAUUUAACAAAAUUAGAUACAAUUAGAUAGAAGAAGAAAAUGAGGAGUGAACAAAUUUAUCAUUGGUGUUGGCAAUCCAAGAUAACUGAAUAAUUUAGAAUCAAAUGUAUGUUAAUAUAUCAAAAUCAAUAGCUAUCUUGUAACAACCACUAGUUCAAAAAAAUAUAAUUGAAAAAAAGAUUCCACUUAAAUUAGCAAUUAAAGGUGAACUAUCCUCUAAUAACUUUCUCAACUUGGAGCUCCACCAUAUACAUCAUAUCAAAAUUAAUUAUAGAGGGCUCAGAGUUCAACAAUUAACAGAAUUCAAGAAGAAAAUAGUGAGAACUUCGUAUCCAAGUGUUUAUGAUUUUUUUUUCUAUCGCGUGGAAAAAACUUAAGAGUCAAGGCAAAUGGUAAACUGACAAAAAUGUCUGCACCAGAGAGGACUGGCUAAUUUUUGCUGAAAUUCCUUCAAAUUGAUAACCUAUUAUCAAAUGGAGAGGAAAGAUAAGAAAAAUAGUUCACAGGAAAAGAAAUACUAGUGGCUUUUAAACUCACUGUAAAAUGUUCAAAUUCACUGGUAAUGAGAGAAAUUAUGCACUAAUACUAAAAUGCAGUAAUACCACCUGUCAGCUUGUCUACCCAGCCAAUGUGAAGUUUGGUAAUACUCUGAAACCCUCCAUGCUGGUGAGCCCUGGAUGGAAAGGUACUUCUGCACAGCUGAUAUGAGCACAAGCUUCCUUCUGGGGAGUGAUUUGGCAGUAUCCAACAAAAUAAAAAAUACACUUCACUUCUG